CGCGAUUGAACCAGGUGCUGUCCAAUUGCCAACUUGAGCUUUGGCACUCAACGCGCUUCCAACUCGGACCUGUUUUGAAUAUCUGAAAUGAUUUACCAGGGCUGACAUUCUUUCAUUCUUGUUAUUUGCCCCCUCCGUACUCUUGCGUACUUCAAUCGCUGCGAGACGGCUCACAUCCCUCAUGGCGGGGCACGUCGAGGAGGGAUGGAACCAAGUGAAGCGCAAGGGCGGCCGUCUGCGCAGCGUGCCUGCGCCAGCGAAUAACGGCGCUGAUUCCACUGUCGACGAUGGCAUCCGGCCGAAUCCGAAACCAGAGCUCUCCGUCGAUGAUCUCUGGCGGUAUCACGGAAGCGUGGCGAAAUCGGAAGAGUGGCAGGUAUCCCAGUGGUGGCAUACGGUGCGCCAGCUGCUCGAGGAAGCCUCAAGCCAGCCCAACCGUCCUGUCAUCACGCAGGCCGUCUGCUUGGGCCCCGGCCCCUACGAGCCAAGCAACGGUAGCUCCAGGGCGAGGCGCACUGCCCACAUGCAAACAGCCGCCUUUUGCUUUAUUGUUGACCAUCUAAAAACUCGCAGCGGCCGAGAAAUAAAAUGCGUAGUCCAGGAGCCCCGGUUCACUCAGACGGACAAGGAGUUCUGCGCGAGGCUCGGCUUGCAGGUUGUAGAGAACCCAGAUGCCUUCGCGCUUGUGGACGAAAAUACGCUACUGUUCGGCAUCCACAUGGAACUUGACAUCUACAACCAAGCCCUGGCCAGUCUCCCAGGCAUUUACGUCGGCGCUGGUCUGGAGGAGUGGGAGAAGGUCGUCGAUCACGACGACGGGGACAGCAAAAGCCCCCUGGCAGCCUUCUCGCGGAUGAAAGCCGCUUACGAUCAAUAUCCCUUCCCUGAUUUGGAUUACAUGUUUUCCAGCACCGUCAUGUACUGGAGAAGGGAGCAAACCUGAGUUAAACUCCAGGUGCAUCACGACGCUGCGUCUCAAGUGACCUUGCCGCUCCGGGGACGCUGCUGCUGGCUGCUUUGCAAACAGCAUCGAAGCGGGCCGCCCAGU